GGCAACAUGGACGUGAAGACAUGGUAUCUCGCAGCUGUCUUUUGUCUCGCACAGUGUACCGGAUGUACAGGCUUGGAGAAUAAAAUAUUCACUUCCUGUGAAGAGCUCAGGAUUGAGGGUGGAUAUAAAUACUCCUGUGAAAUCCUUGAUGAUCUGAAAACUGAAGAGUGGAAUUCAUCUCUGGUUCUGGCACACACAGCGAAAGGAGCUGACCCACAAUAUUACCCUGAGAAGGUGAUAAAGGUGUCCCGUGCCUCAAUUAUCCUCCGGGAAUGUAUCAAUGUAUCCUACCGGUCUUUCGACAUCUUUAGCAAGGAGCGGUGGAUCCACUUCAUUGUUACAGGAAAUGAAGAAAGAUCUGACAAUGUAAUUACUGGAUGUACAGGCUUGGAGAAUAAAAUAUUCACUUCCUGUGAAGAGCUCAGGAUUGAGGGUGGAUAUAAAUACUCCUGUGAAAUCCUUGAUGAUCUGAAAACUGAAGAGUGGAAUUCAUCUCUGGUUCUGCUGGCACACACAGAGAAAGGAGCUGACCCACAAUAUCACCCUGAUGAGGUGAUAAAGGUGUCCCGUGCCUCAAUUAUCCUCCGGGAAUGUAUCAAUGUAUCCUACCGGUCUUUCAACAUCUUUAGCAAGGAGCGAUGGAUCCACUUCAUUGUUGCAGGAAAUGAAGAAAGAUCUGACAAUGUAAUUACUGUGAUUGCCAUUUGCGUCCUUCUACUCCUUCUGUUCAUCAUGGUGGUUGCAAUUUGUAUUUGCAAAGGGAAGAAGUGCCUCACCUGCCCUAGGCGUGACAGCGGAGAUGUUGAGCACCAUGCCAAUGCUCAAAACGGAUACGCCCUUGCUGAAAUGGACAGCAUCUAGCACAGCAUUCUGGGGGGUGCAUAUCACAUGACAGUUUGUUUGUGGCAGGGUAAAAUAAGAAUAACUUUGACAUUCCUUUUAUGAUAACAUUUCCAGCUUAUAUGUAUUUUCGGUGUAAUAGUGUGCAAUUAAGGUAAAAUUGCAAUUAAGGUAAUAUUAAGGUAAUAAUAAUUAAUAUUAUUAAUAUUAAUCUUAAUUCCCAGUAUUAUUAUAUGUCACGGUUAAAGGUUUUAAACCAACAAUCCUAAGUGUAUAUGUUUAAAGAUUUUCAUCCAAAUCUCAAUACUUGAAAAUAUUCACAAAUAUUGGUUUAUGAUAAGGGACUGAAGGAGCUUUUCAGUGAUUGUGUGCUACACUAAAAUUUGAUGCCCACACCUAGUUGACUGAUGUCACAACCUGACCAUGCUUGUAUGAUGGGUGCACACAUACAAGCUGAAUGAGUAUGAUAUAUUAAUGAAUGACUUGUAAGAUGCUAUCGCAAUAUUUUUAAGUUAUAUAAUUGCAUUAUUAUAUGAGGAGUUAAUAUAAUAUAAAUAUAAAUAUAAUAUAAAAUAUCAUAUAAAGCAUACACAUAUAAAUAUCACAAUAUAUAAUAGUAUACACUGUAUAAUAUAUACAUAUCAAAAAAUAUAUAUUGAUAAAUAAAUAUAAAUAUAUAAAUAUAUAGAUAUAUAAACAUAAAUGUGAUAAUGUAAUGAUGAACACAUUGUUGAUUGUGAGUCAACAUUAAUCAUAAUUUAUAAAUCUGAUAUUUAAAAUGAAGCCAGGGUAGCCAGAACAUAGCUCAAGACCCAGAUGGGAAAAUGUGAUUAACGUUGGACAAAUGUCCACAGUUUUGUUCAAAUACAUUGCAGUAAAGAAAUCUGCAAUUAACAUUGUUAUAAAGUGCAAUAUAGGAAAAUAGAUAUACAUGUAAAUAUGCACAGAAAAUUGUCCAGUGAGUCCAAUAGGCACCAUAUGUAUUCUGAAAGAGUUGAUUUACCACUGAACAAUUGACUCAUAAUGAUAAUAAUAAUAAUGAUAAUAAUAAUAAUAAUAAUAAUAAUAAUAAUAAUAAAACUACUACUACUACUACUACUACUACUACUACUACUACUACUACUAAUAAUAAUAAUAAUAAUAAUAAUAAUAAUAAUAACAAUAAUAAUAAUAAUAAUAAUAAUAAUGUAAUGUACAAUUAUAUAAUGUACAUUAUACUGCAUAUCAGGGUCAGGAACAAUGUGACUCAUGUAUUACAUUAAUGGCAUUUGGCAGAUGCUCUGAUCCAGAGCGACGUGUAUAAUUGUAGCUGGGCAUCAAUUAAUUUGCAGUUGCUUUUGCCUGGUGUUGUGUGCAUACUCCACCAUUGCCGAUUCCUGAAAAUUAAUUUUAGUGCACAUUAUAAAUAUAAAACAUACAGUGUAUUGUUGCAGAAGAAGACAGUCAUUCGUGGAGAAAAUACAGGGGGUUAAAAAAAAAAAAUUCUGUCACAAAACCAUCUUGUCUUUCUUAAAAGCAUACUAUGCAGGAUUUCUUUCUUUGCUUUUCUCCUGUGUUUACACACACAAAAACGUCUACGCCCCCCAGUCUCAUUCACACCCAUACCAAGAUGAUUCUGGCUAGCUGUCCGCUUAGCUGGUAGCUUUGCACCUUUGUUGCACCAUUGCAGACUACCGUGUGAUAGCCGUGAUUGCAGUGAGCUAAGAAAACCGCGGCCUAUUAUGAUCCAUAAAACAUCUGAUUUGGUGGUCACACAGGACCAGAGAGCGCAUGAGUUCAGUGUAUUGGACUCAUGUUUUCCAGAUACGGCACCACAAAAAAGGGUCAGUUUUUUAGAAUAACAAAUACAAGCAGACAAGCAAGGUAUUGGGCAGAUAUAAACACAGGCAUGGGUUGCCAGUGUAUCAUAGUAAUGACUGAGCAUUUUAUUUUGUUUUAUAAUAUUUUCAAGGAGAAACUCCUGCAUAGUAUUCCUUUAAGUCUUUGGCUGUGUCUAAAAUGUGUCACUAUUCACUAAUGACUCAUCCCUAUCUAGUGACUGUCCAUAUAGCAUGCUAAAUAGUUUACAAAGUAAAUAGUCAAUUAUGACAGCAGACGUUGUCUUUUGCAAUCGUCCAGCUUCAUACAUAGGCUAUACAUCUGCUUCAUUAGCGAUAAGACCAUUAAUACAACAUAUAGCCAGAAGAGGAGUUGAUCUUAGAUUUGAACUGCGGAUGGACUGCACAAUCAUUUCUCACAGCUUAAAAGGACAAUAAAAAAGGUUUGCAUAAAUAAAGUUAAAGUGUGGUUGUUUACUAGAUUGUAUGCUGCACUGUAAGAUUGUAAAAUUUCAUUUUUGAAUUCAUACACUAAAACAAGAUUUUCAAAAUAGCUAAACAGCCAAAAUAGUUUACUAUUUACUAAAUGGAGCCAUUUUGGACACAAUAGUGGAUUUUAGGAAUAUGCUAAUUUAUUAUCUUACUGAUGGCAUUGAAAGCACACUGCAUCUGCAGUCAAAAGAAUCACUCUUCUAGUGCGUACACAAUUGAGUUUCACACAAAAGGCCUCAAUCCUAUUCUGCAUUGGGGAAAGUCAAGAAUAAUAACCACAAUAUUCUCAAACUAAUGGCACAGUGUAACUGACACAACAAGUGAGGGAACAUAACAAAUAAACCCAUGAUGACAGGAGUUAUCAGGUUUUCUCACUGACUUACUAAACAAACAAGCCAUAGAGCUCUGUAUCGGCUCCCUUGUGUUGCUUCAGUGUAAUAGCAGUAGGUGAAGCAGAGCUUGGCCUAGUGGAAGAAUAUGAGAAAGUUUAAAAAAAAGAAAAUGGCCUGUGCUUUUUUUCAAAUGCAUUUUUACGACUGAAAGUCAGGCCAAUGGUCAUUCAUGUACAACCUCAAAAAGAGAAAAUGAAGCCUGAGUGAGUUAUUGAAACACAGUGGAUGAAAUGAAUGUGGCAGUACUAGUUCAGGGCUGCUUGUGGAGAGUGAGCCCUCUACUGUAUAUACUACAUUUUCUAUCCCAGGUUCUUUGAACUUAUAUACUUUGGAAUGUUGGUUUAUUUCAUCUUUAAACGUGACAUCAAAUAUUAGCUAUUGUUGCUGAAUCAUAACACAAAACAAAAUGCAUAUAUUCUAUUCUACCUGUAGUAGAGAUAGGCAUGGAUACAGUCAUGCUAGUGCCAAUUUUAAAGUCCAAGCCUCAACAUCUGUGAUAAAAGGAUAUAAAGGGUUUUUUUUUUUUUAUUGCAAAUAAAAUAGGUGUAUUGCUUGCCUUUUAUGUUUAAGUUUCUUGAAUGAUAUUGACGUUGUUUUAAGUAAGACUAAAGUGUCUAAAAAGGGAAUGGAAAUUUGGAAAUGAUAGAUUUGUGGGGUUUUCCAUUCAGAUGAAAAACAAAUAAUCAAUUAACAAAGACGAUAAAUUGUAUUGUAAUUGUAUUUCUAAUGAAAAAACUGUUUGACAUUUUUUCAUUGAGAUUAAUGAUAAAUCAUCAAUAAAUGGCCAAAUUAUUUAAAUAGAAAAAGUGUAAAAUACAUAAAAUACACUGUAUGACUACAGUCUUAUGUCCAAUAAAAAUCUAAAUCCUGAAUUAUAGUUCAGAGGGAUAAUAAAUAUUUAACCAUUGAUUCGUGAUGAAAUACGUAAAUCAAAGGCAAUAUAUAAUAUGUAUGAUCGUAGAGAUGUUUUAUUUCAUUUCUAGAUAUGAAAUAUGAACAAUUUAUUGCGGAUAUUCAAGCUAAUUGCAUAUUCAAAAUGGCAUAAUACAAUGCCAAUGGUACACAUUGUUAAGCCAUCUGCAGAUAGCUAAAAAUAUGCCAAUUUUAAGAAUUAACAAAUAUAUAGCCUGCAAGGUGUCUGGCACUCUGCCAAACUAUCAAAAAAUAAUGACGUCAACAGACAAGCACAAAAGAAACAGCGUCAAUAUUGUUAGUACUUAGUACUUAGUUAGUAACCUUUUUCUUCUCAUUUUAAUUUUAAUUUUUCUUAUAGAAACAUGAUUCGUGUUUAUAUUAUAGUUUUCCUUUCAGUUUAUGAUUGUAACAAAAAUGGUUGCAAGAAAUGAAUAAUGAUAUCAUAUUAAUCUUUGUUCUAUGAAUCGUUUAAUGAAUUAUUUUAGCAAACGCAUUGUUAACCCAGUGUGUACAAACUUGUUCACACUAAUGUUUUCAUUCCUCAGCUCCAUCUGUACAAUGUGUAAUGUGCCUCCACUCUUUUAAUAUGCUUGCCUUCACUUGUAAUAAAUCACCCAUGUUAAUUCAA